AUGAUUAUUGUGGCAAUUAAAGAAGAUCUAGCUAAUGCAUCUCUAGCCGUAUGUAUUACAAAUUGCGUGCAGUGCAAACAAAUGUUUGGGCCAUACUUCCAAGGUCGAGCCUGUGGAGAUGCUUGCCUAGCAAGUAACGGAAGGGUGACUCCAGACUGCAACAAUCCAGGGACGCUUGGGAGCUUCCUCAAACGACUUUACUGACAGUCUGACACU